AUGGUAGUGGGGCUUAUAGUUAGGCUGGAGCUCUUGCCAAAGAAAGUGCUAAACUGCCACAUCAUCAGUACAACAAAGGCAGUUCUGCAGAACGGCGGGAAAAUAUCUUUUGUUACCUUUACUGUGUCAUCAAUUUCUCCAACUGAGGAGCAAAAUAUCUUUUCUUCUAUAUCUAUUGGGCAUGUAAUAAGCAUCCAGGGACAUGCAAAGACCCCAAAAGCAGAGCACAUAUUUGCAUGCGUGCGGAAUGUAAAAAUACUGAACCCGCUGUAUGUGCCUGCCCCUGUGUUUGAGCCUAGCACAACAUGCUUCUUUUCAUACACCUCUAUCAAGAAAAGAAAGAACAAAGUAGUUCCUGCCAUAGUGCUUGUUGUGAAGCUCGUAUGCCCAAAGAACCGAUGCGUGGUGCACUGCGUUGACGCGCACAACAGAUAUUUUAAGCUCACACUUCUAUCCGAUAGACACAUUAUAAAACACCUAGACAUUAUUUUACUGUCAAAUAUAAAAGUGAAUCUCACAAACCGGACAGUACAGGCUCUUAGUGCCUCAAAUAUUGAAGUAAACACGCCAGUUGCCGACAAACGAAUUAAUGCAAUCCGUAAAAAGCUAGAAAUGCAAAGGGUUACUAUCAAGUCAGUUGACGAGAUAGACAAAAUAAAAAAGGACUGCUCUAUUAUUCUGGAUGGGAGAAUCUUUCGCAUCUCCAGAGAAAAAAACAGCAUACACAUCUUCAACUCAAAAGGCGGUAUAAGUGUCACACUAGACGAAGAGGCCUAUGUGCACCUCACCAGCAGAAUAAUGAAUAUGCAUGCGCUUAAAAGCAAAGAAGAGCUCUACGGCUCCCUUGAGUUCUGCAAGGUGCGCCUUACUGCAGACGUUGUCUUCCUAGACAACACUUCAUCUAUUCAUAAUGUGACCAUCACACCCAUUCUCUAG